CUUGGAGCAUGUUGACAGAUCUUGUAGUAAAGAAAUUUAGGCUAACAUUGAUGCAAAGAUAUUAAAAUGGACUGUAUCGCCGCCAAAUACGUUUCGCAGAAGAUCAGUAAGAUUAGAUGGCGACCUGUUCCCUCAGAAUCUUUACAUCAGCCUGACGUUUUUGCCACUGGCUCGUGGGACAACGAGGACAAUAAAGUUUCAGUCUGGGCUGUUGGAGAGAAUGGAGUUUCCAGUAUGGAUGACGAAUUCGAAGGCGACCCACAGUUGUUGUGCGAGACAAAACAUGAGGGAGACGUGUUAGACCUUCAGUUUCUAGACCAAGAUAAAAUUGUUGCAGCAUCAUCAACUGGAGCUGUGACCAUCUUUAAGCAUCACCCAGAUAAAGACAAGGAGGGUCUGUCAGUUGCCCACACGUGGGAAAGGGCCCAUCGCUACCCUUGUGAUAAUGCCCCAUGCACUGGGGUGGUGUGUAACAGCCCAGAGUUGGUCUCUGUGGGGGAGGAUGGGAGAAUAGUCCUCUACAAAGUAGACCAGAGAGCAAUUCUGCGUGUAAUAGAGAAUGCAGACAGCAGCACCAUCCACGCAGUGACCUUUCUGAAGACAACUGGGGUGCUGACGGUGAACUCCAUCGGUCAGCUCAAACUGUGGGACUUCAGACAACAGGGCAAUGAGCCAGCACAAGUCCUGUCGCUAACAGGGGACAGAGUUCCACUACAUUGUGUGGACAGACACCCCAACCAGCAGCACAUUGUGGCCACUGGGGGGCAGGAUGGCAUGCUUUGUAUCUGGGAUGUCAGACAAGGAAACAUGCCUUUCUCAUUAACAGAAGCCCAUUCUGCAGAAAUGUGGGAGGUCCACUUUCACCCUUCCAACCCUGAUCACUUAUUCACUUGUUCAGAGGAUGGCUCCUUGUUGCAUUGGGAGUCUUCUGCAAAUUCAGAUACACCAUCAUUCUUGCAAGGUGGGAGAAAUACCAGCAUCAUAUCUCGCAGUGCAAUUGCGCCUGCUGGUGGGAACCAGUCUCUCAUCAGUGCUUGGCUUGCUGGGGAUAGCAGCAAGGGGCGUCUGGAGACAACACACAUGCUCCCCAGUCAAACCCUCUCAGUGAACAGUCUAGAUGUGCUUGGUCAGUGCCUAGUGUGUGGAACUGAUGGAGAAGCUAUUUAUGUAAACCGCCAGGUUCCAGUGUGAAAUAUCUUCUGGCUUUGAUCGUAUUAUACAUGCGAAAUGCUCUUUUGAACAGCUUUGCACAGUAAAUUCUUGAUCAAACCAGAAAUGUGGCAUUUGAAUUUGUCUCCUUUCCCUGCUUUCCCCUGAUAUAUUAAGGUGAUUUUCAGAUGUUCAGAACGAAUUUGAGUCAAGU